AACAACAACCAUGUCAGAGAAGUCCUUAUCAAACUCUUACAACUAAUUUUAAGUAAAUUCAUUGUGUUUUCCAUAGAUUAUAGUAAUGUUUAAAAGAAUCAAAGAAGAUAGCACUUUCAAUCCCACUAAAUUAUUUAAUUAAAUUGAUUAGUUUGCCAAAGGCUACAUUACACACAGAAUAAAAUAAAUUGACAAAAUUUAUAGCAAAGUAAACCUGCUCUUUAUUUCUAAAUUCCAGAAUAAGAUUCUAUUUGUUUUAUUAAAGAUUAUACCCAAAAGAAAUAAAUCUAUAAUCAUAAAGUCAUUUUGUUUAUAACCCCUCUCAUAAACUUGUAGUUUUGAGAAUACAUCUAAUAAAAAUUUCCUUAUACAUAUUGGUCUUAUCUCUUAAGUGAUUGCAUUGAUUUUUUAGGUCCUUUAUUCAUAAUGUUGGAGUUUAUUCAGAAAAUAAAUGCUAUUAUUCACUACUUACAUUCCGUUUCUCUUAUUUCAACCAAUUAUUCAAACCAGCCUAUUCUAAUGA